UUGGUGCACGCUAAUGAAUGUUCGUGAAUUUUAGUUCGUGGGUGCCGUGGGUUUGUAAUGUCUUGGUGUCCUCGUACUCUUGUCGAUAUAUAUUGCAUGUAUUAGAAUUUAGAAAAUUAGGUGUAUGUUGCUGGAUACGUAACAUGGAAUAUUUUGUAAAGAAUACAUGGAAUGGAGAUAUUAUAACUACACAUGAUCCAGUCAAGUUUACUUUAUCAACUAGUGACGACAUGAAGUCUAUGGUAGUAAAUGUGGAAGCACCUUUUUUUAAUGAUCCUGCCAAACCAAAUUCACCAGUUGGGAAACCUUGUAGUCAGCUAUGGGAUUAUGAAGUUGUGGAAAUUUUUUUUCUUGGAACAAAUGAAAAAUAUUUGGAAGUUGAACUUUGUCCGCAUGGUCAACAUUUGGUGUUAAUGUUAAACGGAGUCAGAAAUAUAUUCAAGGAUCAAUUGGAGCUGCAGUUCACUUCAAAUAAAUAUGCAAAACACUGGAAUGGAGAGGCAAAGAUUCCCGUGAAUUAUUUUCCUCCAGAUGUAACGAUGAUGAAUGCGUACGCUAUUUUUGGGUCAGGAGACGCUAGGAAAUAUGAAGCUCUCUAUCCUGCAACUAAAGAAUUUAAACAUCCAGAUUUUCAUCGAUUGCAGUUCUUCAAGUCUUUUAAUAUGAAGAAAUUGUUUCCUGAGCUUGUUGCUAACUACGACAAAUCUGUUGUUUCUCACUGGAGUUAAUCACUGGAUCCAAAGCAUUAAGUUUUGCUUUCAUCUUAUGUUUAUAUGAAAAACCAUAAUUAUUACUUACUCUAUGAAACAGUAAAGUCUACUUCGUAUUCCCAUGUUCCAGGAUUUGUUAAAUGCAAAGGCAUGACAAAUGUCAAGAAUUUUAUAGAUUUUGGAGGAAUAGUAACAUUUACUGGUA